UGAUUAAUAUUAAUGAGGCACAAAAAACAACUGUCUGGAAUCUCUGAGUCUGGGUGGAUCCCGGUAGAAACAUUAUGUGGAUGAUAAAUACUGCUGUCUUCUCGAUCAGAUCACAUUCACUGCUUCAUCAUGGACUUCGAUCUGGGCUCAGCUGUUGGAGAUGAUGAGGUGAAGAAGCAGGAGGGCAACGAGGUGGAGGGGCUCUUUGGGUUUGGAAAAAAAGAUAAAGACAAAGAAAAAGAUAAAGAUAAAGAGUGUAAGGACAAGGACAAAGAUAGUGACAAGCCAAAGACUGAUUGCAAAGAGGAUAAAGACAAGGACAAGUGCAAAGACAAAGAGAAGGACAAGUGCAAAGACAAGGAAAAGAAGAAGGAUAAAGAGCACAAAAAGGGGCACGGGCAUGAUCAUGGACACGGACACGGUCAUGAACACGGACACAGACAUGGACAUGGACACGGCCGGGGACGUGGACACGGGCACAGGUCAUCCUCUUCAUCCAGUGAUGAGGACUAAAGCUGAAGACUGAAGACAUGAGUAGGCCGGGGCAGGUUGUCACACAGGGAAAAUGUCCUAAGGGAUUUCAUGUUUAUAGUAACUGUGAGGUUUUGAGUCAAAAAAAUCCCAUUGCAGAAAUGCUUGUUUUCUCUAGCAGUGUGUUUUACAUGUUGGUUUCAAACACCUAUUUGCAGCAUUUAUGUAAAUUACAGUAAUAUUUUUGCAAACUAAAAUUUCAGUACUAGUAUCUGUUACAUGAGUUCUGCACUGCAUAUACAUAAUCUAUGA